UUUAGCGCCGGGUUAUGUGAAAUGGAACACCUCGUUACUUUUUGCUGCAGUCCGAUAUUCACAACAUCAUGUUUGAAGGAUUGGGAGAAGUUCGGCAGAAAGAAUUUUCUAACAAAGUGCAAAGAAGGUGGGGUGACUGCAUCUGUCAAAUUGUUCACGGAUUUGGUAUUGAAAUUGAUAAAUGGAGAAGGGAAAAUUGAUAUACUUGUCAAAUUAGUUCCUGAGCUAUUUAAAAUAUUUGGUGGUAAUGAAUCCUUUGAAUCCGACCUGUUAGACUCACUCUGGUUAAUUGACUCGUCAAUCGCUGAUAUUAAUUCUGAAUUAGUUCGAGAUCGUUUCUAUCGGUUAAUAGAAAUUCUUAGGAAUCAUGUGGAUCCUGCUUUGAUAAUGGAGAGGUUUUGUGAAGACACCUUGGAAAACCUGUCAUUCAUUCAGUCGAAACAACAGUUCCAAACGCGUUAUGUUCGUACUAAAACGCGUUUAUUUUUCAAACAACAAAAAUUUAAUUUGUUACGUGAAGAAAAUGAAGGCUACGCCAAACUGAUCACAGAAUUGUGUCAAAUAACGUCAACUGCGUCGAUGGAAGCCGUCAUGAUUCAGAUCCGGUCAUUAAUUGGUUAUUUUGAUUUGGAUCCAAAUCGUGUCCUGGACUUAAUAUUGGAUGUUUGUGAAUUCCGUGGUGAUAUGUACGAGGAAUUUGUUCAGUUGAUAAGACUUUACAAUCCUGAUAGAAUAGAUAUGACUAAUAUAUUGGGACACAAAUAUCAUUUUACACAAGAACCCGGUGUCAAUACGCCAGAGUCAUUGUAUAAAGUUUCAGCAUUUUUAAUUUGGAAAAAGCUAAUUGACCUGGAUGUAUUAUACGGACAUUUAACUCCAUCCGAUGCAGAUAUUCAGCAAUCUCAUAAUCGUCAAAUUAACUUGGCUAAAUCUUAUCGACCACAACCUCCUGCAAGUUUAUCUUAUUCAGCAACUACGGCGAUCAAUACCUCGUUAAAUACUGCAAUUAGUAAUGAUUUAAUUCGUGUUGAUGGUCUAUUAAGUCAGGAUUCUCAACUUGGUGGUGGUGCUAAUAGUGCUGUUUCUGGGACAUUGAUGACAAACGAUUGGAAUGGUCCGAGGACGUCAGGAGCGCUAAAUUCUCGCUCUGUAGACGAACUUAUGCAAUUGGAGGAGAAUUCCGAUGUAAAUUUGAGUAAAAUCAAUUCACAUGAUGUUGCUGAUGUUGGUAUGAUAGAUAUAAGUAUUGAUCAAGAUGGAUUGUAUGAAAAUAACCAAAAGUUAGAGUUAUGUGCUGCUAUGGUUCGUUUAGGCGAUUGGACAAAUGUUCAACGUCUGUUAGAACGGCUACCUGGUUAUUGGGCGACUACAUAUGAACCUUUAACACGAGACAUAUGCAAUUUGUUGCAUUGCUUAAUUGAACCUUUGUACAAUAAAGCUUGCCCUUUACCUGCCUGUUUACAACGUAACCGUUCUCGACCGAGAAUCGAAUCAUUCAAAGCACUAAAUACAUCUAUUAAUCUAGAUGGUAUUGAUGAGAAAUCGUCUGUUGAUUGUGAAAUAAAUGAAGUCAAUCGGACCAUUACAAAUAAUAAUAACAAUAAUAAUGAUUGUAUUCUCUUAUCACCUGUUCAUGAUUUUGUUGACCUUGCCAAGUAUGUAAUACCGAUAGCAAUUUAUUUGGGCCCACAUAUGUCGUAUGACUUAAUAUUAAUAGUGAAGUUUUGUCGUCUUGGUCAAAUAUAUCUCUCUGAACAACAACAAAACCUUCGGUCUGACAAGAUUGGAAUUGUUUAUCAAGGAUUUUUUAAUUUACUAGAUGAAGUACUACUUCCAUCGUUGAGUUUGGUUGAUGCUAAUUGUUGUUUAGCUGAAGAGAUUUGGCAAAUGCUACGAUUUAUGCCUUAUGAACAUCGAUAUCGGUUAUAUGGACAAUGGAAACAUUUCAACGUGCAAUCGGAACCUAGCCUAAUACGUCGACGGGCUCAAGUAAUAUGCUAUGCUAAGGCGAUUAUGAAACGAUUGAGCAAAGAAAAUGUUAAACCAAUGGGUAGACAUCUUGGAAAAUUGUCGCAUAGCAAUCCAGGCUUAUUAUUUGAUCACGUCCUUCAUACAGUUCAACUCUUUACAAAUCUUAUCAAUCCUGUUGUUGAAGCAUUGAAAUAUGUUAGCAGUUUAGGGUAUGAUAUGCUAACGUUUUGUAUUAUUGAAGCACUUGCCACAGAUCAAUCGAAGCUGGAAGAUUUGCAAUUGAGUCAAGGUUUACAAGCGUUGUCGUUGUUUACUGGAUUGUUGUGCAGAAAGUAUCAAUUCGAUUUGGCUGGUUUGUUACAAUAUGUACUGAACCAAUUGAAAGUUGGUAAAAGUUAUGAUUUGGCAAUAUUACGUGAAAUUCUCCAUCGUAUGUCUGGUAUCGAUAUAUCGGAAGAAAUGACCGAAGAACAGUUAGAAUCUAUGUCAGGUGGUGAAUUACUAUUACAAGAAGGUGGUUAUUAUGCACAGAUACGUAACACACGUCGUAAUGCUGGACGUCUUAAAGAUGCCUUGGUUGAACAUAACUUGAUUAUGCCAUUUAUUUUUUUAAUGGCUCAACAGCGUGACGCUGUUAUAUUUCUAGAUGAUCCAGAACGUCACUGUAAAUUAGCUGGGCGUCUAUAUGAUCAGUGUCAAGGUACACUUGUACAAUUCAUAACAUUUCUUAGUCUUCAAUUAACUCGUGAUGAAAUGCAAACACAGUGCUUAAAUAUUGACAGAAUGAUGGGUGAAUUUCAUGUUCCAGCUGAUACGGCUUUUUGUUUUCAUCGUAAUCUGUUUGAACAAAAAGUUGCUCGUUUAUUUGAAAGCAAAGAACAAGCAGAAAUUAUGAAAUCUAGUGAAAAAUCAAAGUCAUUCAGCAAGACAGUUUUCUCGGCUGCUUCUUUACAUGUUUGCAAUGAAAUAGCUGCAGCUAUACGUCCAUUAUAUCCAGCUCGUGUAUGGGAUGAAUUAGGCAUUGUGUUUUUUAUCACCUUUUGGAGUUUACAAUCAAGUGAUUUAGUUGUUCCCGAAUCAGCUUAUCAGCGCCAAAUACAACAACUGAAAGAGCAGAUUCAGCAAAUUGAUACAUCGGCUAGUGGAUGGAAUUCAACAAAAAAGAAACGUGAAAUAGAACGUUUGGAAAAUUUAAUUGAACGUCUAACCAAUGAACAAGCUGAACGGGAAGAACAUGUAGCACGUGUACGUGCUUGGCUUAUGACUGAACGUGAUAAUUGGUUUCAAACACGAUUAGCUACAAAAACUGAUACUAUUACACAAUUCUUACAAUUAUGUAUAUAUCCUAGAGUGUGUUUCACCGCAACUGAUGCUAUAUAUGCGGCACAAUUUAUGCAUGUUUUGCAUCAAUUAAAAACUGCACGAUUCUCUACAUUGAUUUGUUUGGAUCGAAUUUUCAAUGACAUAACGUUGCCUACCAGUAUGUGUACAGAAAAUGAAGCCCAUCGUUACGGUCGAUUUUUAUGUGCAGUCUUAGAACUUGUGAUGCGUUGGCAUGCCAGUGAAGAAGUAUUCAAUCAAGAAUGUGGCCAAUAUCCUGGUUUUGUUACUGUCUUCAGAAAGACAUAUCAAGGUUUGGAUGCUAAUACCAAACCAGACCAAUUACAAUAUGAGAACUAUCGUCAUGUUGUACAUAAAUGGCAUUACCGUAUUACAAAAGCAAUUGUUGCUUGUCUGGAAUCUGGUAAUUAUGUUCAAAUUCGCAAUGCAUUGAUUGUAUUAACACGAAUUCUACCUCAAUAUCCGAAAAUCACACAGUUCGGAAGUGCUGUUGAACGACGUGUAAAUAAAUUAAAAGAUGAAGAGAAAGAUCGACGUCCUGAUUUAAAGGCUUUAGCAUUCAGUUACGCUGGCCUAAUGCGUCCACGUAAGGUUAAAUGGGUUAGUGAGGAAGAAUUUCAUUUGAAAGAAACUAAACCAAUUCGUUCAGAGACAAAUACAAAUUAUUCGAGUAAUCAUCAAAGCAUCAACAGUAGUGGUACCACUAAUCGUACUGUAUCGAAUCCUGACAAUAAUUCGGGAACUACUGUCAACUCAACUAGUUACAGUCAUAAUCCACGUGGACAUUCCGGUUCAAAUCAAUUAACUAGUUUUUCGAAUCCACCUUCAAAUGUAAAUAGCACUGGUGGUGGUAUCACCAAUACUAGUACUAGUAGUAGUGGAGGUAACAAUACAACUUUCGUUACUAGCAUCAGUAAUUCAUCUAGUAGUUCUGCGACACAUGAACCUCCACAUACUUCAGUGUCUGUUCGACGUACUUCAAUACAACAACCGCCAUCGAAUCAAACUGGUAAAAUCUCAUCCAACUCAACUGUGACGCCAAGCGGUAGUGUUCUGGAAACACGGUCACGGCCUCAAACAGUGAAUACGUCUAUUACAGCGGUAGAGUCUUCGAAAUGCAAUCCUUCUGGUCAACCAUCCGGGUCUGUGUCACUGUCUACGGUAACAGCUGUAAGCAAUUCUAGUAGUUCGAAUAAUUUGAGCAAUAAUUCACCUUCCAUUCCAACAACUACCCAAAGUAAAUUACGAUCUAGUCAACGUUUUGAGUCAUCUCUACCACCUCCAGACGAGGAUGUUACUACUUUACCGGGACCACAAUCACAUUCAGCAUCGAAACGACGCAGAAUGGAAGCAGCCAGCGCGAGUUUGACUAAUCCUAAUGGUUGCAUUUUAAAUGUGACAACAUCGAAGGUGAGCAAUAAAAAAAAAUUCUCUCUCUCAUCCUAUGUGUAGAUUUGUGAAAUAUAAUGCAAACAAUAUGGAGUAAUUUCCUCAUUUUGUAUUAAAAAUCCAGAUUGAUUAAUCUAUCAAAUAUUAUUCAGCAGAUUAAACAAAUGAAUAGUACCAUUUGCAUGCUUUAUUCGGCCUCUCGGGAGUUCUUUUUAUGUGUCGAUAAACAUACUUGAAAAUAGUGUUUUGAAGACAAUAUACACAACAUGUACGCUUACAUCACAAGUAAACCUACCAAACGAAUUAAUGUUCAAUCUUCAUAUUGGGUGUUAAGCUAUAGACCUCAAACUGUACGUGGACUUAAAGUACUAUGGGUUGGAGAUGGAGGAAGUCAUAUUUAAUUCCGCCUAUCUGACUAACGACUGGUGAACUUCACCAGAUAUUAAAUAAUCAUUUUAUGUAUGACAUCAAUAAAUGAUUGGUUUAUGAUCGUUUACAAGGAUGGACAGAUAAAAUUUUUAACAAGGAAGAACGAUGACGAAAGCGAGGGCUUUUUUAAUUUUCUGGCAUAGGAUACAUUAUGAACAAAAUAAGAUCAAUCAGUUUUGCCAACCACUAACUUCACAUAUUUACCGCCAUUAGUAAGGGAAAAUGAAAAUAAGUCAGAGAUAUUCAAUGGAAAUGGGUGUAAAAUGAUCCAAACUCAGAAUAGCCUGUUAUAAGAUAGAUUGAAAUUCGGUCAAUUCAGCGAUAGAAAAAUUAAAAAAAAAGUCAAAUUUCACUAAACAGUUACUACUAGUUAUACCGAUAAAAAGUUUUAAUGGCAAGCGAACAAAGUAGUUCACAAAAUUCAAGCAACUUUUUUCUGGGACGAUGAUGUUAUGAACUUAAUGUAAAGUUCAGUUACCGACCCUCCUGUGUUUAUAAAAAGCAUAAGAUGUGUAUUUUCUUGUAACCGGUUCACUUCCAUGAAUGAUUACCGAUGAUUUGUACUUGGAAGAGCUUGUCCGCAGAAGACUCGCGAAUCAUGUGAUGACAAGGUGAUUGAGGAGCAUAACUUGCGAGGAAAUCUAGGAUUAUUUCCUAACAUUGGAGAUAGGACAAGUGUACUUGUACGAAUGCGGGAAUAUUUUGGAACCAGGGAAAAGAUUGGUGUACCACAAAAUUUGAAAGGAAAGUCUUGACUAAGUAUUAUGUAUAUAUGAACAUCGAUCUAUUUUUUUAGAUGAGAGUUGAAUUAACAAGGUAGGUUAGAGAAUAACUUUCGGUUGCUAGUUUCUUUUGAUAUUUUAGUACUUCCAAUUACCUUAUGAUAUUAUGUUUAUUUUCUUAUACUUAUUGAAUAGAGCUAAAAAUUCUAAUUUGAUAUUUGCUUAUUUUGGUUCAAGUAACCAAAUAGUAUUGUUUCGCUAAAGCUUUUAUUUACAGCUGAGUGUGUAUCUAUUUGUACCAUGAUCAAUUUUCUAUGCACCCCAUGCAUCAUCUGCCUUUGAUAUAUCGUUUUUUUUUCAAAACGUAUCUAGUAUGAUGGUGUGAUCGAAUAUCAAUAACCUUUUUGUGUAUAUCUUUAGUUCUUUUUAGCUCGAGUCUAUCUAUCUAUCUUAUCAGUUGUAUUUUUUCAUCGUUGUUGAUGAUUGUCUUUUGUUUUAUGACGGAAGUAGUGAAACGUAAAAGUACUGUCUAAACCGGAUUAGGUGUUUGGCUUCAAUUGCAAACGGAUCGUUUUACAAAUCAUUACUGUUCUUGUUUAAUCUACAGUAUUGUUCAAAUUUGUUCUUCUUGAUAUUUUUUAAUUACUUCCAACACUGAUUAUUUUAAGAAUUCAAUCCGGUCUAUGAUUCGUAUUCUGGUACUUUUAUAUGGAUCAUCUUGUCCAAAGAUAUUAUCAAGGGUUUCCUCAAUUUGUUUCUUUUUCAUCGUUUUUUUCUCAAACAUUCAUUAUGUAACAUUAUCUUGGUUUGAUCUUGCAAGAUUUAUUGACGCUGAAGAUUUCACGUUCAGGAAUUUAUUUACUCACUUGGUGACUGGAAUAUACUUGUUGCUCAAACGCAAACAGUUGAAUAAAUUUCCCUAAUAUUGUGCGUACCACACUGAUGAUUUGUGUUAUUUCCACAGCAAAUUUACUAAAUAUCAUCAUUUGAAUGCGUAGAUUGUGGAGAUUAGCUCAAUUUAAAUAUGAAUUUCGCCUAAAUAAAUCGACUAUGAUGUUUAGUGAUGUCGGGAGUGGGACAUAUAACGUCGAUCUCAAUGGAUAAUGACUGCUUUAUGUCACGAAUUGACUGGUCUUGGAAAUGCAAGACUUCUGACUAGUCCGAAGACAAAGUACUUACUGUAAGGCCUGAAGGUCCUCGGUUUGAUCUUCCAUAUAUUCUUGGAUAUGCACUUCUGAGCAAUCCUUCAUUAAAAUGAACCAGUUGUUCAACGGUCCUUGGUUUCCAAUGUUCGUCUAUCUUAAGUCAAAUCGUGAUUAAAAGUUCAUCAUCUUCGACAUCAACAGCAAUCUACCAACUUUACCAUUAUUAUAUUACUCAACUGUUAACACUAUGCCCCAAGUUCAAGCGCUGCUGCACUUUGGUUUGGACAACCGGGAAAUAUCAUUUACCCUCACAAUUUAAGUAUGGCUCCUACUGAAGUACUUGGUGAAUUAAUUAAUUAUCAAUGAUUUUUACUUACUGAUUACAUUAUCUUGGUCAUCCCAACUUCAAAAUGUCUGAAUGUAAUGAGGAAGUGCUAUCACCUUGUCCUUGGUUGAAUAAAUUGAUGGCAUUAUGAAUCUACAAUAAUUGUGACAUAUAUUAUGAAAUAUGCCGUCAUCAUAUUUAUUAUCUGACUACACGUACCACCUACAUCGGUUCCCAACAAUUUAUCUAUGAUAUGAUCAAAUAGACAUAUAAAGUGGUCUAUAAAUAGUUCAACUCCCUUAGUGGAAGGGAGAUUUUCAGUUUACCUACUAUUUACGCCCUAACAAUAACAAGGCUCUAAAUCAGUGUUAUUUCUGUCCAAACAUUAUAUCCUAUACCAUUUUAUUCUGUUCUAAGGGUAAUACGACUGAUGAGAUAGUAGUUCAGUACUUAUAGGUCCAGAUUUAACAUGAUUAUACGGAUUGAAUGGCUGAUAAAUAGUGACACCUUGUCGGUGAUUCCGUCAUAAUCAAUGAAUAAAAGAGGACACUAGACAUCACUGAAUACGUAAUAUUUACAUGGCCUUGAAACUAAGCAACAUUAGACAGCUAAUUAAGAGACAAAUAAGAAGAAGGGUCAAUUUCACUUUAUGUUCAUGGUUAGUAUUGGAUGCACAAAGUGAAGUUAAGGUUGCGAUCACUAAGAAGUCACUCAUUGUUUGAGCUGUCGUUAGAUGAACGUGAGAUUAGGGUUGGCUGGUUUCCUUUUGGAAAAAACAUUUCAGAAUACUUUACCUACAUUGAAGUGGAAUCUUCAACAACUGGGUAAAUAAUGCUAAGUUUGAUCUAGUGUUCGUGAUGAAGAUGGCACAUAUAGUGAUAAGACAGGCAGUUGAGACAUCCGUAGCCCACGCACAACUACCGCUUACUUCAUCAUGUAACGAUACUUGGCGUUGGAUUAGUUUGGGGGAACACUAAGAGUACUAAAGACACGCGACAACGGUCUGUAAAGUCAUUAGUUAUUUAACUAAGCUGUUUUAGUGGGUGUAGAGUAUAUGGUUAGUGUCCGCACAAUAAAUGAGAUCAGUGGUUAAAGACGUUGAGUAACCAUCGUUCAAUGUUCGUCAAGAAUGUGUUCGUCUCAUUUCUUCCUGUAGAUUGUAAGUUUCAUCACUAUUUUAUACUGUAUAUUUCACGAGUUCAUUCCUUUUCAUAUCAUAUUCUCUAUGUUUCGUCUUUCUUUCUAUCUAUGAAAUUAUUCAUUUUUACUUUUUUGUUAUGCAUCUAGUAAAUCUCAUCAUUCUGUGUUGAUAUGUAAGAACUUUAAUCGAUGGGUGUUUGUCUCAGGUUCCACUUUUUUAUGACAAAAUAAUUGUGUUCACAAUCGUCACCUUGUUGUUUAACUAUGUCUUCAAUGUCUUUUUAAGUACUUGUACUGAAAGGCUGAUAGUCAAACAUGUAUAGUCUUUCUUUGAUAUUUUCCAGCCUUAAGUUCUAUUGUAGUGUACGUAUUUAUUUUCCUUGAAAUAUAAUUUGAAACAGGCAUCAGUGAACACAGUUGACGAACCACGUGAGUCACAUAAAUCUUCCACACGAAAACGUUCAACUCCUACAACUAUACCAGGAAGUGCACCGAUCACUCCAGAAAGUGCUAUACAAAAUUUACGCUACACAAAUGCUGGUAUAAUUUCCAACACCGUUCCUAGUUUGAAUAGUGUUAAUUCUUCCAGCGGCGGUAAUAGUGGUACUGGUAGUCGUUCAACAGCAAGUCCUGGUGAAAAUAUUUAUCCUGUUAAUUCUUCGCUACGUCAUCAUCAUCACCAAUCUAGACAGUCAAGUCAUCAAAGAGCAUCAUCGGGUAAUUCCACUGAAAGUCGAGAACCAAGCUUAGAAAAUGAACGAAAUUUAAUUGCUUCCAGUUCAGCAGGUCUCGUAAAGAAAGCAAAGAAAGCUCAUCAUCACCAUCAUCAUCAACGUUCGUCAUUAGAUUCAUUGAAUAUGGAGUCCAAUGUUAACAAUAAUAAUAAUAGUCCGGGUUCUGUUACCAUAUAUUCAAUUUCAGAUUCCCAAGGCUCAUCUCGACAUUCACGUAGAUAAAUCUUAAGCACCGAUGAAAAUGACAUUAGUUUUAUUCUAUAAUCUUAUUUUUUCUCUCUUAUUUUUCUUUAACUUCGCUUCUUCUCUCUGUCUCUCUCAUAUACACAAACUCUUAUUACUAAUGAUCACAUAAUCAUCAUGUUCGAUCGCAUUUAGUUCAUAUUUUCCUACGAAUUGCACAGUUAUCGUGAAAAUAUCUAUUGAUUUGUAUCAUAUUCUUUCUUAUCCUUUCUGUCCAUAGUUGAAGUACUUUCUAUUAUGUAGUCUUUUAUAAGCUAAACAUUUAAUCCUUGUACGCACGUUUGUAUGUGUAUAGGUACACGCGCAUAAGAAUAAUCAAGUUUUAUUCCUUAUCCAGUGUAUCUUUCUAUGAUAGACAGUAUUGGCAGCAAUUUGACAUAUAAAAUGAACUGCUUUGUUUGUAUAAAUUA